AUCAAUCAAAAUUAAUCUGUAUCAUAAUUUUCUCUCUAGUGAAUAGUUAAAAUUUGUUAGAAAUAUGUUUAUAUUAAAUUUUGUAAUACCAUAUUUAAGUUGUGAGGUGUAGGAUUUUAGAAAUAAAAGUAUUUUGAAAUGAUAGAGAAAUAAGAAAAAAAAAGAAAGAGAAGAAAAGUAAUGGAUUAAAAAAUAGAAACGGAAAUUGGAAUAUUUUUUUUCCUAUGCAUUCUUUUGGAACCAUGGGAUUAAUCCUUUCCACACUUUCACCUCACACGCACACACAUUCCUCCGUCGAGCGCCGCCACACCUCCGGCAACCACCACCCUCCGUUGGACGUGACAGUCCCUCAUUUCUGCAUCCCUCUCUCACUGCAUCUCUCUGUGCAGCGGCUGUCCAGCCGUUUCCGCCACCACUAUCGCCGGUUUCCGAAAGCUCUAGACUAGAGUUGUCUCCUCUUUGAGAAAUUCUUCCCCGAGAGAUAGCAUGAGCAUCGAGAAGGCAAAGGAUAAACUGAUUCCAGUAAGGCAUCCUCGGUUUUAAGAGUGCAGAUUAGAGGGUCAGACUAGCUCUUUUGUUGUAGCUGAUGUAGUCAAGUCACUGUCAACUCCUCUUUUACAUUCGGAUUUGAUUUUUAAGUUCAAGUUGAAAGGAAUUGUGCGCGCGCUACCAUUAUCACCAACAGUGUGCUGACUGCUGACUGCUGAGGCAACACCGAUGGAUUUCGCCGCCUCAAUCGUCUCUCUUCCCCCAUCUGCCACCCUCUGUGCGCCAAAGAUACAAAUUCAGAUAGAGCCCAUUUCGCCUAAACCUAAUCCCCAAAACGGGGGUCUCAAUUCUUGCAAAAAUCUUCAAGAAAUAAAGCAAAUUCAUGCGCAAUACAUAAAACACGGCCUUGUAGCUGACCCUUCUUUACUAACAAAACUCAUUGCGAAGUACUCAGAGUUGGGCCUUUCUGAAAGCUUGGAGUUUGCAGAAAAAGCAUUUAAGAUGUUCAAGAACAGCCGAAGGGAUCGGACUAGUAACAUAAUUUACCUCUACAAUUCAUUGGUGAGAGGAAAUUCAUUAGCUGGAGCUUAUAACGAGGCUAUUUCGCUCUAUGUGGAUAUGUUGAUUGAUGAUUUGGAGCCCGAUAACUAUACCUUUCCGUUUGUUCUCAGCGCAUGUGCCAAAAACUCGAGCCUUUUUGAAGCAAUACAGAUUCAUGGCUCCGUGGUCAAAAGGGGAUAUCACAAUGAUGUAUUUGUAUCGAAUUCCUUGGUAUAUUGUUACGGCGAAUGUGGCGACACUGAUAGUGCGAGGAAGGUGCUCGACGAAAUGCCUGACAGAAAUGUUGUGUCCUGGACUAGUUUGAUUUGUAGUUAUGCGAGGCGAGACCGGCAUCGCGAGGCGAUCUCUCUCUUCUUUGAAAUGGUGGGAGAGGGAAUUGAGCCCAACGAGCUCACUGUGGUGAGCGUUGUCUCAGCAUGCGCCAAGUUAGGGGAUUUGGAUUUGGGGGAGAGAGUCUUGAAUCAUGUUGAAUGCUCUGAGCUCGAAUUCAAUGGUGUUAUGGUGAAUGCAGUUGUUGAUAUGUAUAUCAAAUGUGGACGUGUAGAGAAGGCGAGACAAAUUUUUGACGAAUGUGCUGAUAAGGAUUUGGUUCUUUAUAACACAUUGCUGUCGAAUUAUGUUAAGUUGGGGAUGGCGACAGAUGCACUCGAUGUGUUUCGUGGAAUGCUUGAUAUUGGGGUGAAGCCGGAAACCGUGGUGUCUGUGAUGGCGUCUUCAGCUGAACUCUCCGAGCUGUUCUUGGGGAAGCAAUGCCACGCGUAUGUCCUGAGGAACUCACUAUGGAGUUGGGACAGUGUUGGGAAUUCACUCAUUGAUAUGUACAGCAAGUGUGGCUGGCAAGGGCUCGCUCGUAGAGUGUUUGAUCAAAUGUCGAACAACAGGACCGUUGUGUCGUGGAACUCUCUCCUUGCAGGUUUUGCUCGGAAUGGUGAUGUUGAUUCAGCCAUUGGAGCGUUUGAUGAGAUGCCUGAGAGGAAUGUCGUGUCAUGGAACACGAUGAUCGGAGCUUUGGUAGAUGAGAGCUUGUUUCUUGACGCGAUUGAGCUCUUCUGCUUGAUGCAGAGCCAAGGGAUAGCUCCAGAUGAGGUGACGAUGGUGAGCGUGGUAACAGCCUGUGGCUAUCUUGGAGCAUUGGAUUCUGCGAAAUGGGCGUAUAGCUACAUCAAGAAACGCGGUUUUCACUCCAACAUGCGUCUCUGCACCGCUCUUGUCAACAUGUUUGCUAGGUGCGGUGACACUCAGAGCGCAAUGGAGGUAUUCUGGUCGAUGGAGGAGAGAGACGUCUCCGCCUGGACUGCAGCAAUCGGAGCGAUGGCCAUGGAGGGGAAUGGGAAACGAGCCCUCGAGCUCUUCCAUGAGAUGGUCGGACGAGGGAUUGCACCUGAUGAAGUAACUUUCAGUGAAGUUCUUGCAGCAUGUAGCCAUGCCGGUUUGGUUAAGGAAGGAAUGCUUAUGUUCAAUAGUAUGAAGGAAUAUGCAAUCACGCCGCACGUCAUCCACUACGGAUGCGUCGUUGAUCUACUAGGCCGCGCUGGUUUGCUAGACAAGGCGUUCGAGUUCAUAGACGCGAUGCCCUUGGAGGCGAACAGUGCAAUAUGGGGGGCGUUCUUGGGUGCAUGCAGGAAGCACGAAAACGAGAAGAUGGCUGCGCGUGCUGCUAAGAUGUUGAGCGAAUGUAGCGGUGAUCAGACGGGAAUCCACGUCCUCUUAUCGAACAUCUACGCAUCCACCGGGAGAUGGGGCGACGUUGCUCGAGUCAGGAUAAGUAUGAAGGAGCGGGGCAUGAGGAAAACAACGGGUUCGAGUUCGAUUAAGGUUGGCGGAGUCGUUCGCGAGUUCACUUCCGGUGACGAGAGCGUGGGCGCAACCGCGAUGCUCCAAGAGAUUGAGGCAAGGCUCAGAGAUGCGGGGCAUGCUCCUCAUCUUAUGGACGUCUUGCUCGACGUGGACGAGCAAGAGAAGGAGUACUUGCUCAGCCGACACAGCGAGAAGCUCGCCAUCGCGCACGGCCUCGUGUGCUCUGCUCGUGGAACGCCGGUGAGAGUUGUCAAGAAUCUCAGAAUGUGCUCGGACUGCCAUUCCUUCGCAAAAAUGGUUUCGAAAGUGUAUGAUCGAGAGAUAGUUAUUAGAGAUAACAAGAGAUUCCAUUUUUUCAAGCAAGGUUUGUGUUCUUGCCAUGAUUACUGGUAAAACAUAAUGCAUUAGCUUUGAUCAAACACCUUUGACUACAAACUAUCCCCAAGUGAAGAUCCAAGUUUAGAGAAAAUGGCGUCGCUAAAAGCAUGAUGAAUAGGGUCAGAUGAGCAAGAAGAUGUGGGGAUGAGGUUCGUCGGAUUAUCUCUUCCAUGAGCUAGAUGCUCCGAGCCUCUCUUCGUCCUCUGCUUGAUCGAAGCUCCCAGUCCAGUCCAUGAUGUGUACGGAAUAAAGUACUAUCUCGCAGAAUUAAUGAUGUUCAAAUUACUUUCAGAAUUACAGAAAAUCGAGUCAAGCUGCGUAGUUGUUUUCCUAUAUUUUUAUUUUUGUUCUUGUUAAUAUGUGAAUAUCAGAGUGGCUUGAUUUGGGUAUGCAAAUCAAAGUUGAUU